AUGGCUGAUAUUCUUCGACGUGCUGCUGUUUUGGCUAUCAAUCGUACAUCAUGGGGAAAUCUUCAUGUACAAAUCCGUACAGUAUUCUCAAGCUCAGGUAUUGGCAUUGAUAAUUUUAAAUCGGCUCGUGAUCAACAUAUUACGCGUUUUGCACCCUCACUUGAUGCUUUUAAAAAGCGUUUUGUUGAUUCCAUUGAACAAUCGAAUGCUCAGAUUUUUACUGAAGAUUUACGUAAUAUGAUUAUGUCAGCUGAGAAUGAUCAAGAAAUUGAUACUGUUAUUCAAGCAUUGAAAAAAUACAGCAAUAAUAAAGUCAAAUUUAGCGAUUAUCAUUUUGGUUCACCAAUUAUGCGUUUACUUUACAUAAAAAACAGAACUAAUCUAGCAUUGGAAUUAUAUAUGGAUGAAAGUUUAAAAAAUAUAUUCAAUGAUUCUGCAUCUGCACUUGUUCUUAUGAAUAAAUUAAUUGAAGAAAAACGUUAUGAUGAUGCAGUUAAAGUAUUUGAUUUUGGUAGUCAACGUGGAUUUUCAACAGCUAGUGGACGAGUAUUUCCAUCAGAUGUUGUUAUGUUAGCUAUCGAAGGAUUAUAUCGAAAAAAUACCAAAGAAGCAUUAACUAAAGCCAAGGAAAUUAUGUCAAAAGUUAGCGAACGUGAUUCAGAUAUAAAUCCACGUACAGCUUCUAUGGUUGCAUUGUUAGCAAUUCAACAAGGUGAAAUAUCAUUUGCUAUGGAAAUCUUAGAUGCAGUUCGUGCACAAAAUUAUGCUAUAGUAAAAAAUAUUCGAGGAAUCUGUUAUGCUGAUAUGGGACGAAUUGAAGAAUCAAUCAAUAUUAUUCAAUUACUUGCUGAACAAACACCAGCAAAUAGUGAUCGUCGACGAGUUUUUCCACUUGUGAUGAGACAUAUUCGAAUAGCCGCUGAAAAAUUGAAUGAUCAAAGUCUCUUAUCACGUUUUGAAGAAUUAUCAAAAACAGUGUUAAAAAAUAAUCGUUUAUCAACAACUGAUAUACCUGAAUUUCUCACUGAUCCAAUCAAUCGUCGCGGUCCUAUUAGAAAUGGUCCACAGUCGAAUAUGGGUGGUAACUUUCGGCAAAAUCAAGGAGAUUUUCGCAAUCGUGGAGGAUAUAAUAAUCAACAAUCAAAUAAUUUCAGACAAGGAUAUUUUGAUGGAUUCAAUCGACAACCUGGCGGAUUCAAUAGAGAAAAUCGAUUUGGAAAUAAUUUCCAAAGACAAGAUUUCGGUUAUGAACGACGUUCACAAAACUACAAUGCAAAUGGUUAUCAACGCAAUGAAUAUGAUCGAUUUCCACCGCGUAAUCAAAAUUCAUCGUUUAAUGGCUAUUUUCGUCAAGAAAAUCGUAAUCAACAACAAAAUCAAUCAUUUUCACGUGUAAAUCGUACUGAUAAUGAAUCAGGAGCAGCACGACGUUACGGAAAUCCAGUUCAAUCCGAAUCAAAACGAAAUAGUGAGGAUGAUCUUAAUGUAAAACUACCAAAACCAAAACGUCAAACCAGUGACGAUGCUUCAACGCAAGAACGAAGUUCAUGGGAACGAUCAUCACGUAAUUAA